AUGACGCCGACUGAAUUGUUUGGUGAUGUUUGGCAUUGUCUAGAAUGUUUCGAUGAUGACGAUGACAAAGAUAAUGAAGAUGAAGACGACGAAGAUGAUAAAGAUGAAGACGACGAAGAUGAUGACGACGAAGAUGAUGAAGAUGAUGACGACGAAGAUGAUGAAGAUGAAGACGACGAAGAUGAAGACGACGAAGAUGAUGAAGAUGAUGACGACGAAGAUGAUGACGACGAAGAUGAUGAAGAUGAUGACGACGAAGAUGAUGAAGAUGAAGACGACGAAGAUGAUGAAGAUGAAGACGACGAAGAUGAAGACGACGAAGAUGAUGAAGAUGAUGACGAUGAAGAUGAUGACAGAAUUAAAAAGGGUAACGAUGAUAACGACGAUGAUGCCAGCGUUAAAAAUGAUAACGACUACGAUCAUGAAGAUGGUAUAUAA